AUGGUAGAGUUUGCCAUCAACAACUCGGUGCAUGCGUCCACGACACAUACACCGUUUUACGUGAAUGGCUUGCGCCAUCCGCGUGUACCCACCUUACUAGAGUGUAGCUCUGGUUUAAGGGGGGGAGGGACUCGCGCGAGCAAAAACCGAUUUGGUUCACGAUCAUCACGCUCUGACGAAGAAGUCAUUGUGUUUGAUGCCGAUAUCGAUAACAUCGAUAUCGAAGAAGAUGAUGCCAGUGAGAGUGCGGAAGCCCUUACUGAAGAAGAUGAUGCCAGUGAGAGUGCGGAAGCCCUCACUGAAGAAAUGAUUGAUGUUGCUGCAGUGCGCUCGCAGCGCACUGAAGCUAACGAGUCAUCAGAUGAGUUCAUACUGGCUCGUGAAACGGUAGUCCGUUUUGUGCAAGACUCCAUCGCCGAAGUGGUGACUUAG